AUGAAUUCGGGUGAUAUUUUCGGAAUAUGUUUUGCUUGCUUAUUCGUGUUACUUUACGUGGCCAUUUUGGUUUACCUUCAUUGCUUUGGAAAGAUUUACAGACUAACUUUUCCAAGUCCUACUCCAAUGUAUACUGAAAAAUUUUUUGGAGAAAAGCUUAAAUAUGCGAAUGUGUACAAUUCAUAGGUUAAUUUAAAGAGUGACUAGUUGUUAAACUCCUAUGAUUUGCAGAGGUUGAGAGCCAUACCUUAUGUCUACUUAAAGAACAAAUAUUCAGAAACAAGUAAUUAUUUACUUUAUUUUCAUGGAAACGCUGAGGACAUGUAGGCUGCAUCUCAGUUUAUGGAGUAAUUGAUGAAAACGAUCAAUGCAAAUAUCUUUGUUGUUGAAUAUCCAGGAUAUGGAGUUUAUGGAAUGUAAAAGAAUAUGAAUAGCAAUAUGAUUGAAGAGGAUGCACUGAUAUUGUAUGAUCAUAUAAAAAAGACUCAUAAAUUGCUGGAUAAUCAAAUUUAUGUUUUUGGAAGAUCAAUAGGAACUGGCCCUGCAUUUUAUGUAGCCAGUGUCAGGAAUACCAAGGGUUUGAUAGUGAUGUCGAGCUACAAGUCCUUUAAAGCAAUAGUAUAAGAUUUUUGUUGUGGAUUUGGCAUCGUCAUUGCUUUUUUAUUCUGUCUACCAGAUUUCUUCAACAAUCAGGAGAGAUCCUAACAAGUCAAAUGCCCAAUAGUUUUCAUUCAUGGAUAACUUGACAAGUUGAUUAAGCCAAGCCAUUCAAAUUCGUUGUACAUUAAUUUGCCCAUAAUCAUACAAAACAAAUCUCAACUAUUUAUAAGGGAGAGAAUGAGCCAUAAUGAUUUUGAUAUUGAUACUGAUAUAGCUAUUCCAAUCUUAGACAUAUUUUCAGAACUUAGAUAUCCAAAAUUUUGA